UUCCUCUACAUUUAAAAUAGACAUACAGUGCCCCCUUUUCCUUGGCAUCUUAACAUAUAUAUCACCUUAAACUCAUGCCAUCUUAUUAAGGAGGCCUCCGAUCCACCCCCUCUUCGCAAUCUCGAAAUGGGAAGGCCUCCGUGCUGUGACAAAGUCGGGAUCAAGAAAGGUCCGUGGACUCCCGAAGAAGAUAUAAUUUUGGUGUCCUAUAUUCAAGAACAUGGUCCCGGGAAUUGGAGAGCGGUACCUACUACUACCGGAUUGUUGAGGUGUAGCAAGAGCUGCAGGCUGCGAUGGACGAACUACUUAAGACCCGGGAUCAAGAGGGGCAAUUUUACCCCUCAUGAAGAAGGGAUGAUAAUCCAUCUACAAGCUUUACUAGGCAACAAAUGGGCCGCCAUAGCCACAUACCUGCCACAAAGGACAGACAACGACAUCAAGAACUACUGGAACACGCACUUGAAGAAGAAGCUCAAGAAGUUCCAAUCCGAUGCAAAUCAUCAGCUGGCGUCAAAGAGUUACAGCGGCGAAAGCAGCAAGCAUGAGUCAAGCCGCCUCAGGAUUGGGGAGAAUUCGUCGUUGUACGCUUCCAGCGCAGAGAACAUCUCGAGGCUUCUAGAAGGAUGGAUGCGGUCGUCGCCUCUCCAGCCUAACACAAGCCUAAACGGAACUAGCAAUCAUGAUAAUAAAUUAUAUUACGGCGAUUUCGGGAAAAUGAUCCCGAAUCACGAAAGCAGUGAAGUCCAGUGCUACAGGCCGCAGAAGAUCGAACACGGGAUGAUGCCCUGUGAUCAUGAUUUGGAAGGGAUGUUUGCGUUUGAUCAUUAUCAACAACAACAACGAUUGAACAGCAUGGCGGUGUCAUCUGAUUCUAGCCAGAAGGGGUCUGACAGCAGUGGAUUGAUUGAUCAGGAUAAGGUUUGCUUCAAGCACGACGACGAGAAGGCGAAUCCGCCGUUGUCGUUUCUUGAGAAAUGGUUGCUGGAUGAGAGUGCAGCUCAAGUUGAAGGAGCUAUGGAAUUGCCUCCAAUAUUUUAGUCAAAUUAUAUGUUUUAUUUCUUGAGUAUUAAUUAAUAUUAGCAGGGUAAUGGAAGUGUUAUGAGCAUCUGAAAUUAAUUAAUUUCAGAACUUAUCUUCUGCUAGGGUUCCAAAAAGUUGGAUCACUCUACUUCUUCCCCUUUUUUACUUAGAGUUUGAUUUUUUUAAGUUGUUUAACAAUAGUUACUUGAUUCUAUAAUUAGUCAUGGGUUGCUAAAUUUACUAGCAUACAUGUGCCGCUUAUUAUUAUGUACGUUGAUUGCAUAAUUACAUGACUAAUUAUUUGACUA